AUGUACUUCACUGCCACUUCUUUUGCGCUUGCCGCCUUGGUCUCCACUGUGCAUUCGCACGCAGCUAUCUUGGCCGCCGUUGGAGAUUCUGGAGAGAGUCAAGGUUUCUUGGUUGAUCCUGCAAUUGCCCGCAACUGCACCACCAUCUCUCCUUGCCAACAGGAUGCUACCAUCAUCCGUGACUCCGAGAUCACACAAAACAUUGUCAACGCAUGCGGAAGAACCGAGAUUGCCGGCAACAUCGACAUCGGCGAGCAAACCGAGAACGAGCUUGCAGCUGGUCGUAUGGCUCAAGUGUCUUCUGGCUCCAUGCUGGCUGUCACUAUCCAUCAAGUCAACGCCGAUGGCGCUGGUCCGUUCGAGUGCGACAUGGACGAGACUAGCAACGCCGUGACCACCUUCACACCCUUGAAGGUAUCCAACAACAUUCCCGGUAGCUUCGGUCUCUCUCAGGCCAAGGAGAAGGACUUUGUUAUCAACGUCCAGAUGCCCGACAACUUCAACUGUCUUGGUGCCUCAACUGGAAACAUCUGCACUAUUCGAUGCCGCAACAACGCUAUUGCCGGUCCUUUCGGUGGAUGCUUCGCCGUUCAGCAGACUGACGGAACUGGUCGUACCAAUGAGAGCGCUUCUGCUGUCGACACCGCUCAGACACUUGAGGGUAUCUCUGCACAAAUCCUGCAAAACAAGAAGGAUCUUCCUGCUGCCAUCGCAGCGAACCAGGCUGCUGGUGCUGCUGGUGGUAACGAGGGUGCCAGUGCCAUUUCCGCUCUUGUUCCCGAUGCGACUCAGGCUCCUAACGCUGGAAAUGGCAACAACAACGCUGGCAACAACGGCAACCAGAACGGCAACCAAGGCCAGGGUCUGGGCCAGGGUCAAGGCAACGGUCGUCAAAACCAAGGUCAGCAGAACCAAGGCCAAGCCCAGAACGGUCAGGGCCAAGGUCAAGGUCAGGGUCAAGGCAAUGGUCGCCAAAACCAGGGUCAGGGUCAAGGCCGGGGCCAGGGCCAAGGCGGUCAAGGCAACGGUCGCGGCGGCAACAGGUUCAAGCGCGCUCUCAAGUUCUUGAGCUAA